AUGACGGAACGAUUUGAAGUACAUGAAGAUACUGCAGUUAUCUAUGAUCCUGAACUUAUUAAAGACAUUGUUACCUUGUUAGGACUUCCAACUCAGGUUAAUAAACUCGUUUUUUCUCCAAAAAAUCUAACAACACAAGUAGAAAAAGCUGUUGAUAAAACUAUUGGUGGUCAUCGUAUUGAGAGAGCAGCAAAAGUUGAAAUCAAAACCAUUUACGAUGAUUUAAUGGAAAAAUAUAAUUUCAAAUUUGCAUCUCCUGAUUUUACAACAGCUGAAUUAUCACUUCCUGAAGAUAUUGCUAAAAUUUUAUACGUUGUUCAUGGAUUUUCUCGUCCAGAAGAUUCCAAACCAAUAAAAUUCGAGAAUAACGAUUUCAAGUUUGUUGCAAAUGUAUCAUUUGCCGCAAAAAUCGACCCAUCAGAUAAUAAAUAUACAUUUGGUCCUAUGAAACUUACAUCAAUUCAAACACAAAAUAAGAAACAAUCCCAAAAUUCCAAAAAGAAAGUUUUCCAAGCUAUUUACAACACGUUUUGUCUUGAUUCAAUCAAGAAUAUGUACAGAUUCGUUUUACUGGCCCAAGAAUACGGAUUUUCAUUAAAGGACGAAAUUGUUCAAUUAGAAGAAGACGGAACAAUCCCAUCCGACAUCCGCCAAGAUCUUUCUUUGAACUUAUGCAGAAGCUCUUUAGAUCCAUUACCAAAUGCCAGAGCUUUUGGCCAUAAACAAUUUAUUCCUAUUCCUAUGGCUGUUUUCUUGGUUGAAGCUUUAGCGUUGAACCAAACUGAUGAGGAGAAGGGAUACGAUCAAAAGAGAUUCCUUAAAAGCAAAACAAUUUACAAAUUAUUAUUACCAGCAAUUCUUCCAGUUGCCUUUGAACUUGAAGGCCAAUAUGUUGCUAUAUCAUUUGCUGAUUACAUGGGUAUCAAAGCAGUUCAAAUUUGCCAAAGAUUAACAACAAUUGUCCAAAGAAUUUUUGUUCCAUUGAAAAACUCAUCAAGAUCCAUUUACGCUCAAUUAGAUGAUGUUCUUUACAACAUAUACAGCCAGAGUCAGAUAAUCCAGAGCAACCAAACCCAAGAUUACAUCUCAGUAAUGACAAAACAACAAAAAACAGGAAAAUUCCAUAAUUCUUCAAACGAAAUCGUUAAAAUGAGGUACGAAUUAAAGCCUGCACCCAAGACAGAAGGCCUCACAAAUAUCUACAUCUAUAUGUUCCCUCUUUCCACUGCAAAAGAUGAAAUCGACCAAAUUACUGAAAAAUUCAAAGAAAAUGUUUAUAAAAUUUUUGAAGAAAUUGCUUAUUACGAGUGCCCGCUUUGCAAUUGCCAGAGUUGCCACAAAGUACACAGCUGCCCAAGAGGACAACACACAGGAGAAAGAAUCUCAUUCAAAGGGAAAAACGGUGAAGAUGUUAUGGAAGAAAAAAUUCAAGUUCUCGAUGAAAAUACUGGACAAACAAUCACACAGACAAAGGUUUGCUAUUCCUGCUGCGGAACACAGAUCUUGGAGAUCUCUCCAGGAUGCAUAGAAUCAGACAAACACGUAAUGCCUGAUGAAAACAACCUUGAUGAAUUCGAUUAUAAAAUUUGGUCAAAGCUAAAUUAUACUGUAUUAAUUUAA